AACCCACAAAACAGGGUAAAAAAAAAAAAAACAAAGAACGAUGUGGCGGAGAUCCGCCUCUUUCGUCGUCGACAAAAGGUACUACCAACACGACGAGCUCCCCCUCGCCAUGGACCCCCAAAACCCUAACCCUAACCCUAACCCUAAUGCCAACCCCCUCUCCGCCUACUACCUGACCCGCGCCGAGCACCACGCCGUCGUCACCAGCGACUGGCUCGCGCAGGCCCAGGCGGCCGUCGGCCGCCACCCCUCGCCGCCGCCGCCGCCGGAGACGAUCGCCGGCGGAGGCGGCGGGAAGGAGAGGGGGUUCGGCGUGAUCGACGAGUUCAACUACUGGAGGAAGAAGCCCGACCUCGCCGAGGCCGUGGCCGCGAUCAUGGCCCUCGCCGCGGUGAUCCGCUCCAGCGAGGCCACCACCAUGAUGGAGCUCGAGAUCGAGCUCAAAACGGCCUCCGACACCCUAAAGUCGUGGGAUACGACCUCUAUAUCCUUGUCGGCCGGUUGCGAUCUUUUUAUGCGAUAUGUCACCAGAACGUCUGCUUUGGAAUAUGAGGACUUCGAUGCUGCGAAACGUCGUUUAAUUGAGCGAGGAGAAAAGUUUGGAGAGAUUUCUCUAAAGGCGCGGAGAACUAUUGCCAUGCUUUGCCAGGAUUUCAUAUUUGAUGGCUGUACGAUUCUAGUCCAUGGUUUUUCGAGAGUAGUCUUAGAAGUUCUGAAGCUUGCGGCAUCUAAUAGGAAACUCUUUCGAGUUCUCUGCACAGAGGGAAGGCCAGAUAGAACAGGGUUACGAUUCUCAAAUGAACUUUCGGCACUAGGAGUCCCUGUUAAGCUUCUGAUUGAUUCUGCUGUGGCUUAUGCUAUGGAUGAGGUUGACAUGGUCUUUGUUGGUGCCGAUGGGAUUGUUGAGAGCGGAGGCAUCAUAAAUAUGAUGGGGACAUAUCAGAUUGCUUUAGUGGCUCAUAGCAUGAAUAAGCCUGUCUAUGUAGCUGCCGAAAGUUAUAAGUUUGCACGCAUGUAUCCGUUGGACCAAAAAGACCUAGCACCGGCCCUUCGCCCAAUAGAAUUUGGUGUUCCUAUACCACCCGGUGUCGAGGUCGAGAAAUCUGCGAGGGACUAUACUCCACCUCAAUAUCUUACGCUCCUUUUCACCGAUCUCGGCGCCCUAACUCCAUCUGUCGUAAGUGAUGAACUUAUUCAACUGUACCUAUGAAUCGUGUCUUCGGAAUCCGACUGCUAUGUUAUGCUUUGUAUUGUAAAAACUGGGUUUCGAAACUAUAUUCAUUUCAAAGAAAGGGAGUGAAAUGAAUGGAGAGAGUAUAUUUUGUAUUAGAAAACCAACAAAAUAGGGAUGAAGCCAUGUAUUUUAUUUAAUUUUUGUUCUGAUAUCAUAUGGCUCUGCAUGUAAAACAUUUUGCAGUGUUUUGGUCCGCACCUUGGCAAUGUAAAAUUGAUUUGAAAACAUUUCGGGAUUUGUCGCGCUC